ACCCCCUCCAAUUCUAAUACGCACCAAGAGAAGUGAAAAUGGCUAAGGCUAUAGCAUUUGUCGCCUCUACCCUCUGCCUCUUGGCCCUGUCUGGAUUAGCCCACGCCGAUGACAAGAAAAAAGACGCCAAGUUUACCGUUGAAGGCAAGGUUUACUGCGACCCAUGCCGCGUCGAGUUCGUCACCAGCUUGAGUCAAUUCCUAGAAGGUGCUGAUGUGGUCCUGCUUUGCAAAAAUGCGGAGACCGGAAACGUGACAUACUCCGUUAAUGGAAAAUCCGGCAAAGAUGGGAGCUACACUCUAAAAGCAGAAGGAGAUCAUGGUAACGAUGUUUGUGAGGUGAAGGUGGCGACAAGCCCCCAACCUGACACCUGCGGUGAAGCCAUGGAUGAACCAGCGCCCGUCGCCCUCACCGAUAUCGAGUCAAACAGCGAUAUUCGCUAUGCCAACUACAUCGGCUUCAUGAAGAAGGACCCCGAUGCUGAAUGCACCAAAGUGCUCGAGGAGUUGGGUAUCUACCCUAAUGAUCCUGAUGAGGACGUCGCUGCUCAAGACCCACCUGCUGAUGAAGGAUCUGCUCCUGUAAUACCUGCUCCUGAAGGAGCUGUUCUUGAAGAACUUGCACUACCUGAGGAUAAUUAAAUAAGCUAGCCACAUUAAUUCCAUGCAUGUAUAAUGUAUUUCGCAUUUCCAUAACUUAAUAACUUCUCUUGCAUGUAUCAAAGUUCAUGGUAAUUUAAUUGCCAUAUUUGCAAUUAUAAUGACAACAAGUAUUUGAGUUGAUAAAU